GACCCGCACAGUAGAAGAAAGAGUCAUUGGGGUGGGAACGGAGCCAGAACCGUCCACAGCUUUAAAGCCUCAUAUCUAAAAAAAACCAUUCUGCCAUUGUUAUUACAUUCUAUUAUUAUAAUAACGCUCUUAUCUUUAGGAUAUAAGGCAGAGCACGGCGUUACUGUCUUAGAAGCUCUGCGCUGAAGACUAUAUUCUCCAUCUUCAUCGAUUGAUUUUCCGAUCAGCUGUUGGCACCGCGGGUAAUCCACGAUGAGCGACUCAAAAGCUGGUUCUGUGACCAGCAUCUCUGACGGCCGCGUGGACUCCAUGGCAGAGAUGGUGAAAGACGAUGCCCCAAGGGAGGGGCAGGGAAGCAGGUUCUAUGUGUACUUCUUGUCGUGUUUCGCCACCCUAGGUGGGUUCCUAUUCGGGUACGACACAGGGAUAGUAUCCGGAUCUAUGCUGUUGAUUAACCCAUACUUUAGCUUAACAACGGUAUGGACAGAAGCCAUCGUCAGUGCAACCAUCGCCGCUGCAGCGUUCUUCUCCAUCGUGGCCGGAAUUUCCACGGACUUUCUGGGCCGCAAGAAGACCAUUAUGUUGGCGAGUUUUGUGUUCUCCAUUGGUGCCGUUGUGAUGGGCGCGGCCGGGGGGAAGGAAGUGCUGUUGGUGGGCAGGAUCAUCGUUGGUAUGGGUAUAGGGUUUGCGUCUAUGACGGUGCCAGUGUACGUCGCCGAGGCUGCCCCUCCCACCAUCCGGGGACGUCUUGUCACCCUGAACCAGCUCUUCAUCACCAUUGGCAUCGUCGUCUCCGCCCUCGUCGCUGGCGCCUUCAGCUUCCUCAAACCAGAGGGAUGGCGCUACAUGCUUGGGCUGGCUGGAGUCCCGGGGGUGAUCCAGUUUGUUGGUUUCUUCUUCCUCCCCGAAUCCCCCCGCUGGCUUGUGGACAAGGGCCGAAUAGACGAGGCAAGGAAGGUGCUACAGAAGAUCCGGAGCACGGACAACGUUCAAAUGGAACUGCAGGAGAUUCAGGACAACAUCGAGAUGGAUAGGAGGAACUCUCCUGGAGGCAGCGCGCUGGCUCGGAUCUUCAAAACCCCUCACGUUCGGAAGGCGUUGUUUAUCGGCGGCGGACUGCAGCUUUUCCAGCAGCUGUGUGGCAUCAACACUGUCAUCUACUACAGCGGUUCUAUUAUCAAGAUGGCAGGGUUCCCGUCCAAGUUCGCCAUCUGGCUGGUCAUGGUGCCGAACACAGUCAACUUUCUGGCCACCUUCAUCGGUAUUUGGCUGGUGGAGAAACUCGGGAGGAAGAUCCUGACAGUGGCCAGCUUCGCAGCUGUGGUGAUCGCCCUGAUCGUGCUGGCAGUGGGCUUCCAGUUGUCCGCGGUCUACACCCCUACCAUCAGCAAGAACACAACAGAGUUGAUGGACAAUGGAACAGUGAUACAGGACAAGUGCGCGACAUACAGUCUCUGCGAGGGCUGUAUCAACAACAAGAAGUGUGGUUAUUGUUUUCACGCAGACUCAGCAGACUCAGGUGGCAGCUGCCUUGCACCGUCUCAAAUAGAGAAACGGAAGGAAAUUGAUUCCGAGUAUGGUCGGUGUAACGACACCGACAACAGCGACUUCACCUACGCCGUCGGCUACUGCCCCACAGACUACGCCUGGAUGGCAAUCCUCGGGCUGACUCUCUUUUUGCUUGGAUUUGCUCCAGGUUUAGGACCAAUGCCUUGGACAAUAAAUUCAGAAAUAUUUCCCCUCUGGGCACGUGGAACCUGCAUUGCCAUGACGACAGCUGUAAACUGGGUCUGUAAUCUCAUAGUGUCCUUCACCUUCCUCACACUCACGGAAACUAUAACAAAAUACGGCACGUUCUGGCUGUUUGGUGGCAUCUGCUUCCUAGGGAUGCUGUUCACGCUGGUGUUUGUGCCGGAAACGAAGGGGAAGACGCUUGAAGAGGUGGAAAUGUUGUUCAUGACGCCAGAACAAAGAGAAGAACGCCGAGCUCAGAGUCAGCAGUCAGCAGAGAAAUAUGUAUACUCAAACACCAAAAUGUAGCAAAUCUAGGUAGUAAGAACACGGGUAGACAGAGUGUACAUAAAUCAAGGGUACAAAGGGGUACAUAUGUUUUGGUUCCUACAUUAUUCACAGCAAGUGGGGCAAUUUAUUUCAGGUAGGAAACUUGACCAUCAACUAAUUAGAGAGUGUAUUGUAAAAUUCAUUAAUCAACACGGCUUGGCGCUAGCAAACCAUAUACUGUGACGUCAUGUCCAUCGCGUCACAAUGCUUAGACUUCCCAUGUGUAAAAUUGUAUGACGUCACAAUAUGUGCUUUACUUUAGAAGAAAAUAUUUCAACGGCCACUUCAUUUUCUCUAGGGAUGUUUGUUUGAAUAAUGCUGACAGAUUAUCGGCCACCGUGAUGUUAUUAUGUCUCAUCGAAGUGGUUCGGGUAUUUUAGUCAACAUUAUGGUUUGAGUACAAAAAUGAAAAAUAUUGACGCUUGAAGAGGUGGAAAUGUUGUUCAUGACGCCAGAACAAAGAGAAGAACGCCGAGCUCAGUCAGCAGUCAGCAGAGAAAUAUGUAUACUCAAACACCAAAAUGUAGCAGAUCUAGGUAGUAAGCACACGGGUAGACAGAGUGUACAUAAAUCAAGGGUACAAAGGGGUACAUAUAGGGUACAUAUGCAUCAAGAACUCGAAGACAUGUGCUAUGGGUAUUGAGAGGGUAAAGAUGUAUGGUGGACUUGGGUAUUCGAUCUAUUUUGAGAGGGUUCUUUCGUAUACGCUGUGUGUGACGAUCUGGCUUGAAUACUGGUUUGCGUUCAUGAUCAUUAUUGACAUUUAACAUAAAACGUAAAUGUUCAUCAAUCACGAGUUUUUCUACCAUGGCAGUUUAGAAUCCUGGAUUCUUAUUGGUGUGCCUGCGUUAUUGAAUCAUGAUUUUGCGGAUGACUUCAUCACCGCACAAGAAAAUAUUUAUUCAUAAGCACAUCUUUCGCAAAUCAGCCCGUUCAAAUAUUGAUAUAACUUAUUUCACGUUGCUAAUUACGAUGUUGUGGUUCCUACAUUAUUCGCAGCAAGUGUGGCAAUUUAUUUCAGGUAGGAAACUUGAUCAACUAAUUAGAGAGUGUAUUGUAAAAUUCAUUAAUCAACACGGCUUGGCGCUAGCAAACCAUACACUGUGACGUCAUGUCCAUCGCGUCACAAUGCUUAGACUUCCCAUGUGUAAAAUUGUAUGACGUCACAAUAUGUGCUUUACUUUAGAAGAAAGUUCUCUAGGGAUGUUUGUUUGAAUAAUGCUGACAGAUUAUCGGCCAACGUGAUGUUAUUAUGUCUCAUCGAAGUGGUUCGGGUAUUUUAGUCAACAUUAUGGUUUGAGUACAAAAAUGAAAAACGUAUGUGUAUAAAUACUGACCACUCAUCCCUGAUCCACAUCAUCUUUCAACCGACUGAAUAUAUUAGGGUCUACCGAUGCAUCAUCACUAAUCGUUUCCUUAGAACCAAAGAGUUUGUUUUGUCAUUGUGUCAUGGAACAAUAGAGAUAAAAAAAAUGCGUUUUCGAUACCUGUAAAUUUAUCAAAUUCGAAAUCUCAAUGCCAUCGCGUUUGGUUUCGAAUGAAACCCCUAUAUGGUAAACACACUACGUUUAUCUCCUAAUUAAAUCACUCAUAAGAGCAGAUAUAUUUCAUAUCGCAUUGACAUAUAUGUGCCAGAUAUAUGACGUAAAGCAGUGGGGUCACAGACUACAUGACGUCACAUAGGAAGGUAUAUGGUUUAUAGCAAGGAAGAUUGUCAAUGGGUUACCCAUGUGCUUGGAAUCAGGAAGUCAAUGCGAGCAGCUAAUUAACAAUGGUGCAUGCCGUGUGUAAUGCAUCACACUUGUCUUUAUUUGCUCUCCAUCUUAAUGUAAAUAAAAGUAGGAUACAACAUGUAAA